AUGAAAUUUCGCGUAUUUCUCUUUGUGCUCGCUGCGCUAGUUGCAGCUGCCAGCAUCAAUGCCGCCAACAUAGCUGUAGAGGAGGGUAUCGUAUGUCCCCGAAACCAGUCCGACAAUUCUUUUGUGGUGCAAAUACCAUCGCCUAGCAACUGUGGCAUAUUCUACAAGUGCGAUCGCGGACAACCAAGAGUGAAUAAAUGUCCGGAGGGCUUGCAUUACAGCAAGCGUUUAAUGGCCUGUGAUUUCCCAUCUCGAGCCAAGUGCUCCUUAGAGCUGGCAGAGUAA